AAAUUGGACGAAUUUUGGGCGCGGUCGAGCUCGAGCGGUGGGGCGACGGUGGUGCUCGCGGCGAGCGGAGAGGAUGGAUUCGCGGUGGCGCAUGCGGGCGAUAGCGCGGCGUACGCGUGCUUUGCGGAUUCGUCAGGACGCGCCAAGGCGCGACGUUUGACACAAGAUCAUGGAUUAGAUAACGAAAACGAAAGAAAACGAUUAGAUGCGCUAGGAGUGAAGAUAGUGCGCGCGCGUGGGAAACUGCGCGUGGGGGGAGAACUUCUUGUCACUCGCGCACUCGGCGGCGCGAGGCAUAAAGCGUUUGGCGUGGUGGCCACGCCGGAGAUCAUGCGCAGGCGAUGGAAAAGGGACGAAAUGGGAUUGAUAUUAACAAGCGAUGGAACGACCGACGCUCUACGCGCGGACGAUGCG